AUGGAAGUAAACAUUAAGCUCUCUAUUGAAGAUCCCUCUCCACUUGUUGAUACAAAGAGGUACAAAAGCCUAAUUGGGAGUUUGGUGUACCUGUGCAACACAAGGCUCGAUAUCAAUUAUGUAGUUGGUAUUCUGAGUAUAUUGCAAAUAAGCCACGAGAAAUUCUAUGGAAGGAAUGGAAUUAUCUCGUGGACAAGCAAGAAGCAGCCAACAGUGUUGCUAUCAUCCAAAGAAGUUGAGUACAAUUGCAUAGCUAUCAGUAAGAACCCGAUGUUCCAUGCAAGAACCAAGCACAUUGAGAUUCAGUAUCACUAUAUACGAGAACUCAUUGAGGAUGAGGUUGUUGAGAUGGACUAUAUUGCCCAACAGAAGAUAAUCAUGCAGAUAUCUUUACCAAAGCAUUGGGUAGUUCCGACUUCUAGAAGCAUCGGGAUGCUCUUGAAAGUUCUUUGUUCAUUACUGGAAUCAUGGCACACAAAGUCUACGACAAUUGAAGAAGCAAAGGACUUAUCUAAGGUCACUCUUGAUGAGCUUGUUGGAUCUCUCAUGACUUAUGAGAUCAAGAAGAAGAAUGCUGCAGCUGACAUAGAAAAGCCAAAAAAGACAACAACAUGGCUUUAA